CCUCCAACCUCUCCGGCCUGGUCUGCUUCAGCUAAACGUGGAGCCGUGACUCAACGAAGUAAAAAAAAUUACCCACAAACACUUGUGCCUGCAGGCGUCAAGUAGGGAGUCUUCUUCUUCAGCUUCUUGGACUGGUUGAACCGAGUAUAAGGGUAAAGAGUGUGUGUGAGCUGAUGUGGAUGUGAAGCAGCAUGGAUCAGUGUGCGGACAGAGAGGGGGAAGUCCCUCCCUCUAAAACCACUCUGUGUGGAGAACAUGAGAGCCAGAAGAGAUCUCAGAGCCCAGUGCAGCAGUACACACCACACUCUGGUGGACCUGGACCUGGACCUGGACCCGAGCCUGGACCUGGACCCAGCUGUGUGUCCAUAAAAAGCAACCAAUCACUUAAUCCUCCUCUUAAUUUCAGACAAUCUGUUGACAGUGGAAAGGUCCAGCAGCAGAGACCAGGCUCUCCUGAACCCAGCUGUCUGACUUUAAAGAGCAACUGGUCAAAGGAUAUUAUUACUGAGUUUAAGGGACAACAUCCAUCAGCUGCUCAGAUAGUGGACCAGGAGAUCUCAGAGGUUCCCAGUGGUCAGUCUGCCCAGCAGCAUGAAACACACCUGGACUCCAUAUUUAUGCUGCUGGAGGAGAACAUUGUUACUUUUGUGAAGGACGAGCUGAAGAAGCUGCAGAAGGUUCUUAGUCCAGAAUUCUUAGAGAGUCAGACGGAGGAUGAGGAGGUGUUGGACGGUGAGGAUGAAGAGCAGAGGAGGAGCAGCAAAGAGGCAUUUCUGAAGAUCACACUGAACUUCCUGAGGAGAAUGAAGCAGGAAGAGCUGGCUGACUCUCUGCAGAACAGAACUUCUGCUGAAAUUUCUGGGCAUUUUGCCCCUCUUUAUCAACGUAAACUCAAAUCUAAGCUGAAGGAGAAGUUCCAGUGUGUGUUUGAGGGGAUUGGUAAAGCAGGGAACCCAACCCUUCUGAACCAGAUCUACACAGAGCUCUACAUCACAGAGGGAGGGACUGGAGAGGUCAACGAUGAACAUGAGGUCAGACAGAUUGAAGCAGCAUCCAGGAAACCAGCCAGACCAGAAACAACCAUCAGACAAGAAGACAUCUUUAAAGCCUCACCUGGAAGAAAUGAACCAAUCAGAACAGUGAUGACAAAGGGAGUGGCUGGCAUUGGGAAAACAGUCUUAACACAGAAGUUCACUCUGGACUGGGCUGAAGACAAAGCCAACCAGGACAUACAGUUCACAUUUCCAUUCACCUUCAGAGAGCUGAAUGUGCUGAAAGAGAAAAAGUUCAGCUUGGUGGAACUUGUUCAUCACUUCUUUACUGAAACCAAAGAAGCAGGAAUCUGCAGGUUUGAACAGUAUCAGGUUGUGUUCAUCUUUGAUGGUCUGGAUGAGUGUCGACUUCCUCUGGACUUCCACAACACUGAGAUCCUGACUGAUGUUACAGAGUCCACCUCAGUGGACGUGCUGCUGACAAACCUCAUCAGGGGGAAACUGCUUCCCUCCGCUCGCCUCUGGAUAACCACACGACCUGCAGUAGCCAAUCAGAUCCCUCCCGAGUGUGUUGACAUGGUGACAGAGGUCAGAGGGUUCACUGACCCACAGAAGGAGGAGUACUUCAGGAAGAGGUUCACAGAUCGCCAACUGGGCAACAAAAUCAUCUCCCACAUCAAGACAUCACGAAGCCUCCACAUCAUGUGCCACAUCCCAGUCUUCUGCUGGAUCACUGCUACAGUCCUGGGGGAUGUGUUGAAAACCAGAGAGGGAGGUAAGCUGCCCAAGACCCUGACUGAGCUGUACAUCCACUUCCUGGUGGUUCAGUCCAAACUGAGCAACAUCAAGUAUCAUGGAAGAUCUGAGACAGAUCCACACUGGAGUCCAGAGAACAGGGAGAUAAUUGAGUCUCUGGGAAAACUGGCUUUUGAGCAGCUGCAGAAAGGAAACCUGAUCUUCUAUGAAUCAGACCUGGCAGAGUGUGGCAUCGAUAUCAGAGCAGCCUCAGUGUACUCAGGAGUGUUCACACAGAUCUUUAAAGAGGAGAGAGGCCUGUACCAGGACAAGGUGUUCUGCUUCGUCCACCUGAGUGUUCAGGAGUUUCUGGCUGCUCUUCAUGUCCAUCUGACCUUCAUCAACUCUGGAGUCAAUCUGAUGAUGUCAGACGAACAAUCUACCUCCAAAAAGUCUAAAGGAAAGGUUGAAUGUACACAGACCCACUUCUACCAGAGAGCUGUGGACGAGGCCUUACAGAGUCCAAAUGGACACCUAGACUUGUUCCUACGCUUCCUCCUGGGUCUUUCACUGCAGACCAAUCAGAAUCUACUACGAGGCCUGAUGUCACAGACAGGAAGUCACUUACAGACCAAUCAGGAAACAGUCCAGUACAUCAAGAAGAAGAUCGAAGAGACUCCCUCUCCAGAGCAAAGCAUCAACCUGUUCCACUGUCUGAAUGAACUGAAUGAUCAGUCUCUAGUGGAGCAGAUCCAACAGUCCCUGAGUUCAGGAAGUCUGUCUACAGAUAAACUGUCUCCUGCUCAAUGGUCAGCUCUGGUCUUCAUCUUACUGUCAUCAGAAAAAGAUCUGGAGGUGUUUGACCUGAAGAAAUACUCUGGUUCAGAGGAGGCUCUUCUGAGGCUGCUGCCAGUGGUCAAAGCCUCUAACAAAGCUGUACUAAGUGGCUGUAACCUCUCAGAGAGAAGCUGUGAAGCUCUGUCCUCACUUCUCAGCUCCCAGUCACCUAGUCUGAAAGAGCUGGACCUGAGUAACAACAACCUGCAGGACUCAGGAGUGAAGCUAUUGUCUGCUGGACUGCAGAGUCCACACUGUACACUGGAGGCUCUCAGUCUGUCAGGCUGUCUGGUCACCGAGGAAGGCUGUGCUUCUCUGGCCUCAGCUCUGAGCUCAAACCCCUCCCAUCUGAGAGAGCUGGACCUGAGCUACAAUCAUGCAGGAGACUCAGGAGUGAAGCUACUGUCUGCUGGACUGGAGGAUCCAGACUGGAGCCUUGACACUCUCAGUCUUGAGCCUGGUGGAGUCCAGUGGUUGAGACCAGGUCUGAAGAAGUAUUCCUGUGAACUCACACUCGAUACAAACACAAUGAACAGAGAAAUCAAACUGUCUGACAACAAGAGGAAGGUGAUACUUGUGAGGGAGGAUCAGUCAUAUCCUGAUCAUCCAGACAGAUUUGACUGCUGGCUUCAGCUGCUGUGUAAAAAUGGUUUUACUGGGCGCUGUUACUGGGAAGUUGAAUGUGUAGGAGGGUGUUACAUAUCAGUGAGUUACAGAGGAAUCAAAAGGAAAGGAGACAGAGAUGACAGCAGGUUUGGAAUGAACAACAGGUCCUGGAGUCUGUACAGCUCUGGUAGUAGUUACUAUGUCUGGUACAAUAAGACAGGAACAUCCGUCUUCUCCUCCUCUUUCUCUGACAGAGUAGCAGUUUAUGUGGACUGUCCUGCUGGCAUCCUGUCCUUCUACAGAGUCUCUUCUGACUCACUGAUCCACCUCUACACCUUUAACACCACAUUCACUGAACCUCUUUAUCCUGGGUUUGGGUUUGGGUCCUGGUUCAAGUCUCAAUCUUCAGUGACUCUGUGUUCAGUGUAGCAGAGAGUCUGCUCCUGUUAGAGGAACUUUCUCACUGUUGAAUGGAUGGAGGAAGCUAGGCACAUUUUAAUAUAGUAAUCAUAUUGUUCAAG